GACUUUGAAUGACUAGAAACAGUAGAAGAAGCAGCUAAAAGAACAAAAAAAGGUAACGAUGUCGUCUGCUGCACGUAAAAUGAUGGAAAAAUACGGCUGGAAGGAAGGCCAAGGUCUGGGGAAGGAACGUGAUGGAAUUAAGAGCUACGUUAAGGUCGUCCGCCGUGAUCCACACACCUCGACGGGGCUUGGUCACGCAGCGGAUCCAACUGUUGGAGGUGGUGUCCACGUCCUCACAACUCAAUCGGUCGAGCUGGAUGCCAUCUACGAUCACAUCUCCAAACGCAAACCUCGAACGAAUUCCGAUCAAGCGAACAGAAGUGCAUCCACCUCCAGCAGUGAAGAUGCGCACCCCACGAAUGCUCGCACGAUGAAUAAAAACCGGGAACAACCAAACGGCUAUCACAACGAGAAUCAGAAAAAAAGACGGCGUGGUAGCUCUUCGGACUCGGAGAAAUCGCCCAGUGAUAGUGAUAGCAGCAAAGAAAGCGAUGAUGACGGAGCAAAGAACAACGUCCCGAUUACUGCGAUGUCAGAUUCAGAGCUGUUUAAACGGUGUGGUGGUGUGCGCCUCGGGCGCGCGGGAAGACAUCGUUUCUUUGAUGGUAAACUAGAACGCAUUGAAAAGGGCAACGCUUCCUUCACGACUCCAGUCCAAGGAGGAGGAAAAAAGGACUAGUGAUGCCUCGUGCCGGUAUAUUCAUAAAAUUGGUGCCUUUGUGUGUGUGUGUGUGUUUUUAAUGGCGUUCUUGUUCAACCUCCGCACACAUUGAUUAAACAAUAACAACAAGAUUAAAGUACACUGCGUAUUUCUUUUAUGGACCCCACACGUAGAAAAAGAUGAAGUGUAUCCAACAGCCAUGGAUAACGUAAAUAUUCUGCUUUAAGGCCAGAAAUGGAUAAGAUAAAACACACUUGGCUCGUUUAAAUGAGGGGAUGUGGCUGUGUUGUUUUUCUAGUCUCCUUCCUGUGUACUAACAUAACAAAAAAUAAAA